CGCUUGCUUACCGACGGUAUUCUUUCGGCGGGGAUGUGUGCAAGUCCCAGUGCUUGGUAACGGAGAGACCUGGAGAUUGGGUAGGGAGAAUCUGAACCGAGUCUGUGGAUCCCCAUGGUCAAUAUUUUCCCAGUCGCCCGGCCGCCUUUCAAGUUUGCACACUUCCCCAUCUUUUCCAUCUGCGUAUUGCAAAUCGCGAAUAUGGACCUCUGAAGAAAGAUACCAAUCACAAUGGCCUCACCCUUCCAACGCGCCGACGGCGGCCCCAAGACCGUCAUCGUCACCGGCGGCGCCGGCGGCAUCGGCGCACAAACAAUCCGCACAUUCCACUCCAAAGGCUGCAACGUCGUAAUCGCCGACCUUCCCCAUUCUCAAAAUGCAGCUGAAUCCCUAAUAUCCUCCCUUUCGGAGCCCGGUCGAUCGAUGUACUACCCCACAAACAUCGUCGACUGGGAGAACAUGAGGGCUUUGUUCCGCGAGACGAAGAAAAGAUUCGGGCAGGUCGAUAUCGUGAUUGCGAACGCGGGUAUGAUGGAGAGCAAAGGGUUCUUCGAGUUUGAGGAGGAAGAGAGCGGCGAGCUGAAGGAGCCUAUGGAGGCGUAUAGGGUGCUGGACGUUAAUUUGAAGGGCACUAUGAACACUCUGCGGUUAGCAAUGCACGCUAUGAAGUCAAAUUCUCCAGAUACAGACGGCUCACGCGGCUUCGUGAUCCUCAUCGCAUCAACGUCGGGCUACUUUGGCGGGACUGGCGUUGUAUCCUACAUUGCUACCAAGCAUGGCGUCGUCGGUCUCGCUCGUGCAUCGCAGCGUGUAGCGAACCAGCUUGGUGUGCGGGUAAACGUGGUCGCUCCCUUCUUCACCCCAACAUAUAUCACUGGGGGAUACUCUGAAGAAUGGACGAAGAGGGGUCUGCCGGCGAACACCGUGGAGGAUGUGGCAAAUACCAUCGUAGCCACAAGCUCUGACCCAGAGAGAAAAGGCCACAGUGUUAUGGUUGCUGGGCAGUUUGUUAGAGAGAUCGAAACCGCACGGGCGGCGCUAACGACACAGUGGCUGGGUGAAGACAUUGCAGACGUCAUGGCAAAAGGCGGAAAGUUCUUUGACGAUAUGGGCGGGUAUACGUUGCCUAAACCGCGCAUGUAGCUUUGGGAUUGGAAGUGUAAACAUGCAGCAAUUGAUAAAGAUGGUUUUGGAUUGAAGUAGAAGCGUGAUACUUAUAUCAUAUCCCAGGGUCAUUGUGGGGCAGUACCCUCCUAGGGAAGUAAUGGUCGAGCGGUCUGGAAGACGCGAGGGGAGUCGUGUGGGCCCGAUGUCAGCGCCUACGAUAGGAUGGAUAUGAUGGAGGCUCGUUAUGACUUCUAGAUCGAGCGAGAGCUUAGUGCGACUGAAUUCGCUUGGUGCAAAGCGCUUUCCGAGAAAGGGGGUCUUGCUCCAGCAAAUGUAGGGAGGCUAGCACGCCCUCGCCCCGGCCUCCAGUCGU